AGAUUUGGUGAGGCUGGAAGCUCCUUCUUAGCGCUCAGCGGCAAUAUCUGUGUUGCUUCACAAGAAGCGGAUGUUCUGCUGAGGCUCCGCGGUUGGAAUAAAGUUUCCACUGCCUAGAUCGCAGUGGCUGGGAAAACGGAUUUGGAGCUGGAUGUAUGCUGUUUUAUCUGCAAACUGUUCCAUAGAAACAAAAACUUGUCACCAGAGAGAGCUCACUGGUCUGUUUGGAUUCCUCACUGGAUCUUUUCAGACAUUUUGAUUCUAUAGAUGGAAGAAGGUUUGGAGACCCUUUACUCAUUGGGAAUUUCGAUUGAGCAUAGGUGGAAAAUGGAUAGAAAAAAAUCAGAAUGUGAGGGAACAGCAGUAGGCCCUCUCCUUCCGAGGGAGACCAGUCUGAACAUUUGGGAAACAUGCAAACAGAAGAUCCCAGAUGAAGAAAAAAUAAGCACUGACAUCCAGCGACAAAUGUUUAGAGAGUUCUGCUACCAGGAGACUAAGGGCCCCCGAGAAAUAUGCAGCCACCUUCAUUAUCUUUGUUCCCAGUGGCUGCAGCCAGAGAGAAAUUCAAAGUCUCGGAUACUGGACAUGGUGAUCCUGGAGCAACUCUUAUCUAUCCUGCCCCCAGAGAUCAAGAACUGGGUCAAGGAAUGUGGAGUGGAGACUAGUUCUCAGGCAGUAGCUCUGGCAGAAAGCUUUCUUCUGAGCCAAUUGGAGGAGAAGAAGCAGGAAGAGACGAAGUUGCAAGCUAAGAGGUCCUGUCUUAAUUUGGUCACUGAAUGCUGUGAAGGAAGAGGGAAUCUGUUCAUACCUUCUAGGGAUCCAUUCUUAGGAGACGUCUCCCAAAAGGAUCCAGUUCAGGACAGACCACCAGAGAACAAAACAAUGAAUCCACUCUCAUUAGGAAAUCAAGCAUCUCUUGCUGAUGGAGUGGAAACAAGGACUAUCCUUCCAGCUCAGGAUUCCAUAUCCUUCAAGGAGGUGGCCAUCUAUUUCACCAAGGAGGAGUGGGCUCUGCUAGACCCUGAUCAGAAAGCUCUGCAUGAAGAAAUCAUGUUGGAGACUUGUAGGAAUGUGGCUUUUCUGAGUAACGAGCGGAAGAACAAACAGGAAACAGAGAUAGAGCCAUUGCGAGUCAUCAAGGUUGAAGUGGGAGAAGAGACAUUUCAGAAUCAGUGUCCUUCAAAAAAUCCAGAGGAAAUUCAAGUAAAAAUUCAGAGGCAUAAAAAUACUAAUUCAUGUCCUAAAAUCUAUGACUUCCUGACCCCAAAAGAUAUUAAAACAGAGAGAAGGCGACAAUGUUUAGAUUUUCAGAAAAUAUUUGAAGAUCAAUCAGAUUUAAAUGAACAAUGCGAAUGGAAAGAUGAUGGGGAAAAGUACAGGAGGUUUUGCUCUUUUACUUUGCAUCAACAAGAUUACAUGGGAAAGAAACCAUUUAAAUGCAAAGUAUGUAGGAAAAGCUUCAGCAAGUACAGUAAAAUUAUUGCACACGAAAGAAUCCACACAGGGGAGAAGCCAUUUAAAUGCAUGGAAUGUGGUAAGAGCUUUACGCAGAGUAGUCACCUUACUUCCCAUAAAAGGAUCCACACAGGAGAGAAGCCUUAUAAAUGCUUGCAAUGUGGAAAGAGCUUUACUCAAAAUAGUCACCUUACUUACCAUAAAAGGCUUCACUCAGGGGAGAAACCGUAUAAAUGCACCGAGUGUGGAAAGAGCUUUGCUGAUUCUAGUUCCCUUCUUGUGCAUAAAAGGAUCCACACCGGGGAGAAACCUUACAAAUGCACGGAAUGUGGCAAGAACUUCACCUUGAGUAGUCACCUUACUUCCCAUAAAAGAAUCCACACAGGAGAGAAACCAUUUCAGUGUAUGGAAUGUGGAAAGAGCUUUAGUACGAAGAGUUCUCUUAAAUUUCAUAAAAAGAUCCAUACAGGAGAAAGACCAUAUGUAUGCAUGGAAUGUGGAAAGAGCUUCAAGCGGAUUGCUGAUCUAACUCGACAUGACAGAACACAUAGAAAAGAAGUUCCAUACAAAUCUACCAGGUGUGGUAAAAGCUUCCAUAACACCCUCCUUCAUACCUUACAUCAAACGACCAAAACCGGAGAAAAAACAUAUCCUUGCACAGAGUGCGGGAAAACCUUCAGCAAGAGCAGUAAUCUUAAUGCCCAUAAAAGGAUCCACACAGGCGAGAAACUGUAUCAGUGCAUGGAGUGUGGAAAGAUGUUCAGGUGGAGUAGUGGGCUCACCUACCAUAAGAGGAUCCAUUCAGGAGAAAAACCCUAUCAAUGCACGGAGUGUGGAAAGAGCUUCAGUGGCCUGAGUUCCUUCACUUCCCACAAAAGGAUGCAUUCUGGGGAAAAACCCUAUAAAUGUGCCGAGUGUGGGAAGUGCUUCAGUGGUUUCAGUUCCUUCACUUCCCACAAAAGGAUGCAUUCUGGGGAGAAACCCUAUAAAUGCACGGAGUGCGGGAAGUGCUUCAGUGGUCUCAGUUCUUUUACGUCCCAUAAAAGGAUCCACUCUGGGGAGAAACCGUAUAAAUGUAUGGAGUGUGGGAAGAGCUUCACUAUGAGCAGUCACCUGAUUUCUCAUAAAAGGAUCCACUCGGGCGAGAAACCUUACCAAUGCACGGAAUGUGGAAAGAGCUUCACUUUAAGCAGCCAUCUUACUUCCCACAAAAGGAUACACUCGGGGGAGAAACCCUAUAAUUGUGAUGACUGCGGACGGAAGUUCAGGUGGAGCUGUCACCUGACUUCCCAUAAGAGGAUGCACUCGGGAGAGAAACCCUACGUGUGCACAGAGUGUGGGAAGAGCUUCAUUGACCUGAGUUCCUUUUCUUCCCAUAAAAGGAUCCACUCCGGCGAGAAACCAUAUCAAUGCGCGGAGUGUGGGAAGAAUUUCAGGAGUGCCACUAAUCUGAGUGAACACAAAAGGGUCCACUCAGGUGAAAAGCCGUAUAAAUGCACAGAAUGUGGGAAAAGCUUCAGGUGGAGCAGUUGCCUUUCAUCCCAUAAGAGGAUCCACACGGGGGAGAAACCGUACAAAUGCAUGGAGUGUGGAAAGGAAUUCCGGAAGAGCUGUUCUCUCACUACUCAUAAAAGGAUCCACACAGGGGAGAAACCAUAUAAAUGCACGGAGUGCGGAAAGAGUUUCACUAUGAGUAGCAGCCUGAUUUCUCAUAAAAGAAUUCACACCGGUGAAAAGCCGUAUACCUGCGUGGAAUGUGGGAAGACUUUCCGCAAGAAUGAUAAUCUUACUUCCCAUAAAAGGGUACAUACGAGAUAUAAACCACUUGCCAUGAACUGGGGGCGGGGAGAGAAUUUGAAGGAGCAGUAUGGCAGUUUGAAACCAAAAGGGCCACUUGGCGCAUCUUUGCACCUCCGUCCACUAGAAAGGAACAUGGAAAAUCAAGAAGAAACAAACAAAAUUCUACCUCUAUUGGAAAACGUGAUCAAAAUGGAUUUGCAAUACCUACCAGAGAACAGAAGAGUUGCUCAUGCUGCCCUCUCUUCAUCUGCACAGCCUGAAUGGAAAGAAGAGAGAAUUGGGCAGAAGAACCAAGAGGAAGAAAAUACCAGCUUGGCUGGUCAGUGGCAACGGUUGAGAAGUCUCUGUGGUAAGGAUGCCAAUGGGCCACGAGCGGUUUGCAGCCAACUACACUAUCUUUGUCGUCAGUGGCUAAUGCCUGGAAGAAACACAAAAGCUCAGAUGUUAGAUCGCUUGGUGUUGGAGCAGUUCUUGGCUAUCCUGCCCCUGGAGAUGAAAAGCUGGAUCAAGGAAUGUAGAGCCGAGACCAGUUCCCAAGCAGUAGCCCUGGCAGAAGGUUUCCUUCUGAGCCAAGCAGAGCAGAAGAGAGAACUGCAGCUUCAGGAGCCCUUCGUGGAGGUGGUCGUUGAACACUCUAAAGCAUGGGGAGAUGUGCUACAUCCCUCUCAGGAGGUGGACUUGGGGAAAAGCUCCCAGGAAGAGCCAUCUAAGAAUAUCCCACCAGAGAAUGGAAUGUUACAGAUGGCACCUGUGGAAAUAUCUCCUCUUUAUAGUGAAGCAGAAACAGUAGUUAUUCUUCCAGCUCAGGUUCCUCUGAUUUUUGACGAUGUAGCUGUAUUUUUCUCUGGGGAAGAAUGGGCUCUGUUGGAUUUCAACCAAAAAAAUCUAUAUAGGGAGGUCAUGCUGGAAAAUGCUAGGAAUUUGGCCACCUUGGGUGAUGGAUGGGAGAACGAGAAUUACGAAGAGGCAGCUUUCCAAACAGUCAGAACUGAAAUUGGAGAAGAGAAGUUUCAAAAUCAGCAAAGGCCACAGUGGCCAGAGGCAAACCAGUUAAAUGGUGAGCUCCAAAACUCCUCUACCUCUCAAAAUCUGGAUGUCCAUCUUUUCCUGAUUCAAGGAGAUCACGGAGAAAAAGGAAUGGGCUUCCCAUUUGGAGAAACAAUUAGAGAGGAAUCCGAUGCAUGUGAACGCCCCAGUAUUUAUAUGAGAGAGAUGCAAGACGGAUGCAAGGAAGAUGGGAAAAGUUUCAAGUGGGACAUCCCUCUUGCUUUCCAUCAAAGCAUCCAUGCAGAAGGAAAACCAUAUAAAUGCAUGGAAUGUGGCAACAGCUUCAGUAACAGCAACCAUUUUAUUUCCCAUCAAAGGACCCACUCAGGGGAGAAACCAUACAAAUGCCUGGAGUGCGGAAAGAGCUUCAGUGAAAAUAGCUCCCUUACUUCCCAUAAAAGGAUCCAUUCAGGCGAGAAGCCGUACAAAUGCGCGGACUGCGGAAAGAGCUUCAGCCAGAGUGGGCAGCUCACGUCUCACAAAAGGAUCCACACGGGAGAAAAGCCGUACAAGUGUGCGGAGUGUGGCAAGAACUUCAGUCAGAAUGGUCAGCUCACGUCUCACAAAAGGAUCCAUUCUGGAGAGAAACCGUACAAAUGCGCGGAAUGCGGAAAAAGCUUCAGCCAGAGUGGCCACCUCACUUUCCAUAAAAGGAUUCACACUGGAGAGAAACCUUACAAAUGUAUAGAAUGUGGAAAGAGCUUCACCAUAAGCAGUCACCUUACUUCCCAUAAAAGGAUCCACACGGGGGAGAAACCCUACAAAUGCACGGAGUGUGGAAAGACCUGCAGUACCAACAGUGAUCUUACUUUGCAUAAAAGGAUCCAUUCAGGGGAGAAACCAUAUAAGUGCAUGGAAUGUGGGAAAGACUUCAGUCAGCGAAGUAAUCUCAUCUCCCAUAAAAGUAUACACUCGGGGGAGAAACCCUAUAAGUGUAAGGAGUGCGGGAAGAGCUUUAAUCAGCGAAGUAAUCUUAUUUCUCAUAAAAGGAUCCACUCGGGAGAGAAACCCUACAAAUGCAUGGAAUGUGGAAAAAGCUUCACUUGGAACUGUCAACUGACUUCUCAUAAGAAGAUUCACACAGGGGACAACCCAAUAAACGUACAUAAAUGCACUGAGUGUGGGAAAAGCUUCAGCAAGAACAGCAAUCUGAACGCUCAUAAAAGGACCCACACGGUAGAAAAACCGUAUCAAUGCACAGAAUGUGGGAAAAGCUUCCGCAGGAAUAAUAAUCUUACCUCCCACAAAAGGAUCCAUUCUGGGGAGAAACCAUAUCAAUGCACGGAGUGCGGGAAGAGCUUUCGCAAAAACAGUCACCUUACAUCUCAUAAAACAAUCCACACUGGGCUGAAGCCAUAUAAGUGCGCGGAGUGUGGAAAAAGCUUCAGCAUGAACAGUUACCUUACUUCCCAUAAAAGGAUCCACACUGGGGAAAAACCCUACCAAUGCACGGAGUGCGGGAAGAGCUUCAAUGGCUUGACUUCCUUUACCACUCAUAAAAGGCUCCAUUCAGGCGAAAAACCAUACAAAUGCACAGAGUGUGGAAAGAGUUGCAACACCAGCAGUGAUCUUACUUACCACAAAAGGAUCCAUUCCGGGGAGAAGCCGUACAAAUGCCCGGAGUGUGGAAAAACCUUCCGUAUUAGCUCAUCCCUUACUUGCCACAGAAGGAUCCAUACAGGGGAGAAACCAUAUCAGUGUCCGGAAUGUGGAAAGCGUUUCAUAAUGAGUUCUUCCCUUACAUGCCACAGAAGGACCCACACAGGGGAGAAACCAUACAAAUGUUCAGAGUGUGGAAAAAGUUUCAGUCAGAAUGGUCACCUUACUUCUCAUAAGAGGAUUCACGCAGGGGAAAAAGUUCCGUAGUGAAAGGUCUUCUGUUACUCCGAUUCCCUUACGCCCGAUCAAGAGAUGCAUUAUGUGUGGGAAACAGAAUCAGUUUCCCUUCUUAUAAAAGAUCAGUAUGGGGGCAGUGGUGUUUU